AUGCUUCCAUCCGCUACCUCGCAACCUGUCCUCGCCACUAACCUACCCGGCCAACCCAUCGCCAUGCAGCCCAUGCCCGGUCAACACGCCAUGAACCCCGCCGGCCCGACCGUCACGCCUCUUCAUCUCUUAACCGAGAGGGCAGAAUGGGUCGAUUGCCAGAUGUGCCAUAAGCGCGCCAUGACCAGGGUUGCCACCAGUGGCGAGGGGAUGCAAUUCCUCACUGGUGCCAUCCUCUGCCUCGUCUGCAUUUGUCUCGCCCCACUGCCAUGCUGCCUCCACUGGUUCGAAGAGACGUCGUGGUUCUGCACCGAGUGCAACCAGAAGAUUGCUCACAAGACGUAUGAUGCCCCCGUUCAGGUAGUCGUCCCUCCUGGUGCUGCCGCUGUCCCGUCCGCGUAUGCCAACAACGGUCAGCCUACCCCCAGUCCUGGAGGUCCUCACCCUAUUCCUGUUCAUGUCCAGCCCCCCUCUCCUAGCGCUCCUUCCAGUGCUCCUGAGGUUGUGCCUCCCAAGGCAUAA